AUGUUGCCAGGGUCUAUCCAGAUCUCUGGGGAGACUUUAUCAAGUGCUGAGAUCCGUGACAUUUGCGAGAGCCUGCGGGAGAACUCGGUGCGACUGCUGUCACUCCGGGGCUGCCAGCUUUCUGACCGGGAUUUCGGGCGCAUUUGCCGAGGGGUAGCGGAAUCUCACUCCUUGGCUCAGCUCAACCUUAACCUGGGGAUUGUAUCCAACAUCAACCGGGUCAAGCAACUGGCAGAAGCCCUGAAGACAAACCGCUCCAUCCAGUCUCUGUUCCUCCAUGGGAGCCCCCUGACAGACGCCGGCCUAGCUCUCCUCAAUCCAGCACUCUCCAUCCAUCCCUCUCUGGUGGCUUUGGACUUGGGAGACUGCAUGCUGGGUGACGAGGGCAUCAACUUGAUCUGUGGGCUCCUGCCUCCCGAUGGAGCCAAGUCAGGCCUUAAGGAGUUAACACUGAGCGCAAACCCGGGUGUCACGGCCAAAGGUUGGGGGCGCCUGGCCAUUGCAGUAGCUCACAGCUCCCAGGUGCGAGUGUUGAACCUGGACUACAACCCCCUCGGUGACCAGGUAGCAGGGAUGCUGGCUGUUGCUGUGGCCUCCAGUCGCACCCUGGAGGUUCUGGACUUGGAAGGAACAGGACUUACCAACCAUUCGGCCCAGACCUUGCUGGACAUGGUGGAGAAUUACCCAACAGCCCUGCGGACGCUGAUCCUGGCAGAGAACAGCAUCAGUCCUGAGCUGCAGCAGCAGAUCUCGGACCUGCUCUCCGAGGGUGAGGAAGAGGAGGAGAAUGAGGCUCAUGAAGUCACGGCCAGGGAGAAGAACCCCUGGAUCUGCCAGAGCAAUCCCAGCUCCCAGAUGGUCUUGGUGACGUCAGGUCUGGGCGAGAGCCUCUUAGCAGAAACAGAGAUGUGACUAGGAUACUCCUGCAGC